AUGAAAGACAUUCCAUAUGCUUCUGCUGUCGGAAGCUUGAUGUAUGCUCGGGUUUACACUCAACCUAACAUUGUAUUUGCUGUAGGAAUGUUGGGAAGAUAUCAGAGUAAUCUAGGUAUUGACCGCUGGAGAGCUGCAAAGAAGGUGAUGAGGUACCUUCAAGGUACAAAAAGUUACAUGCUUAUGUAUAGGCGGAUCGACAACAUAGAGGGAGUUGGUUAUUCGGAUUCGGACUUUACUAGUUGCAUUGAUUCUCGAAAAUCAACAUAUGGAUAUAUCUUUAUGUUUGUUGGCGAAGCCGUAUCAUGGAGGAGUGCGAAGCAAACCUUAGUUGCUACUUCCACUAUGAAGGUUGAGUUCGUUUCUUGUUUUGAGGCCACCUUGCAUUGUGUGUGGUUGAAGAGUUUCAUUUUAGGGCUUAGAGUUGUGGAUUCCAUUGCUAGGUCAUUGAGGUUGUUUUGUGAUAAUUCAGCUGCGGUUUUCAUGGUUAAAAACCAUAAGAGUGGUAGUCGAAGCAAGCACAUCGGCAUUAAGUAUUUAGCCAUAAGGGAACGAGUUGAAGAAAAGAAAGUGGUCAUAGAACACAUUAGCAUUGAAUUGAUGUUAGUUGAUCCUUUAACUAAAGGCAUGCCACCAAUGAGAUACAAGGAUCAUGCGGUUAUGAUGGGAAUAGGUCAUAUCAUGUAA